UUUGAACCGAAAGUGAAAGAACCAAUGAAAAGAAUCACAGCGGAGCAAAUCUGUGAAACACAUGAAUUGAGGAAGCAACAACAUCUCCAAAAAGCAAAAGCCUGCUAUUUCACCUAGCCAUCCUAGGGUUUCAGUUCUUUAAUCCCUCAACAAAAAAAACAAAAAAAGUAGUAAUCAGUUGGCACAUCACAGUUCACAGGGCAAUUUCACAGUGCUUCAGAAUCUCAUAAAGAAAGAAAGGGAAGUCAAGAAAUCAUUCUUUCUGUGAUCUAUUUUUUCUCUCUUUGUCCCUCUCAAUGGCGUUUGUUUGGUAGCUUCCUGAAUAAGGUGCAAAGAUCAGCUGGAAUUCAACUAGAUUUGAUUAUAUCAGCAGAAAGUGUGUGUGUGGGGCUUCCAAGGAUGAAGAUCGGUGAAGCGGAGUCGUUUGGGUUUGUUCUGAGGUUGCGGGAGAUAACUCAACAAGUUUUGGUGGAUGCUCUGUUUUGAGAAUCGAAUCGGUUGCUAAAUAAGUUCCUUCCUGUUUUUAUUUUUAUAUCGAAGAACUGUGUUGAUAGGGUGUUGGUGGGAAUCAGAUCGUUGCUGUUCUUAGCAUGAGGUUUGUGUUCGAGGGUCUGAUCUCCAAGGAUUUAAUGUUUUAUGGGUUUGUGUUAGUGACGGAGCAAAAGUAGCUAGCUCUGUGUAGAGCAACAGAAGUUGUUGUUGAGGUUUGAUUGUGGGUGUGAGUGGUAGAGUUGUGUAGGUAUGGCAAUGUCCUGCAAGGAUGGUAAACCAGGAUUGGAUAACGGGAAAUAUGUCCGUUACACACCUGAGCAGGUUGAGGCCCUUGAGAGACUUUAUCAUGACUGCCCCAAACCCAGUUCCAUACGCCGCCAGCAGCUCAUUCGCGAGUGCCCUAUUCUCUCCAACAUUGAGCCUAAGCAAAUCAAAGUCUGGUUUCAGAACAGAAGGUGUAGAGAGAAGCAGAGAAAAGAGGCCUCGCGGUUGCAAGCUGUAAAUAGGAAGCUCACAGCCAUGAACAAGCUUCUCAUGGAGGAGAAUGAUAGGUUGCAGAAGCAGGUGUCUCAUUUGGUUUACGAAAAUGGCUACUUUCGCCAACACACUCAGAAUACUGCGCUUCCAACCAAAGACACGAGCUGUGAGUCGGCGGUGACUAGUGGUCAACGCAGUUUGACAGCCCAGCAUCCCCCAAGGGAUGCAAGUCCUGCAGGGCUUAUGUCCAUUGCAGAAGAGACUUUAGCAGAGUUUCUUUCGAAGGCUACUGGAACUGCUGUUGAGUGGGUCCAAAUGCCUGGAAUGAAGCCUGGUCCGGAUUCCAUUGGAAUCGUUGCUAUUUCUCAUGGUUGCACUGGUGUGGCAGCAAGAGCCUGCGGCCUUGUCGGUUUAGAACCCACAAGGGUUGCAGAAAUCCUCAAAGAUCGGCCUUCAUGGUUUCGUGAUUGCCGAGCUGUGGAUGUUCUGAAUGUGCUGCCCACAGCAAAUGGUGGAACCAUAGAGCUGCUUUAUAUGCAGCUAUAUGCACCAACCACGUUGGCACCUGCCCGUGACUUCUGGUUGUUGCGCUACACUUCUGUUUUAGAAGAUGGGAGCCUAGUAGUAUGUGAGAGGUCCCUUAAAAAUACACAAAAUGGUCCAACCAUGCCUCCCGUGCAGCAUUUUGUUAGAGCAGAGAUGCUUCCUAGUGGGUACCUUAUAAGACCCUGUGAGGGAGGUGGUUCUAUCAUUCACAUUGUUGAUCACAUGGAUUUGGAGCCGUGGAGCGUUCCUGAAGUACUGCGACCACUGUAUGAAUCAUCAACAGUGUUGGCUCAGAAGACAACUAUGGUGGCACUACGUCAACUAAGGCAGAUUUCACAUGAAGUUUCUCAGUCUAAUGUGACCGGGUGGGGGAGACGACCUGCAGCUCUUCGAGCACUUGGCCAGAGACUCAGCCGUGGCUUCAAUGAGGCAAUCAAUGGGUUCACUGAUGAGGGAUGGUCAAUGAUCGGCAAUGAUGGUGUUGAUGAUGUUACAGUUCUAGUGAAUUCAUCACCUGACAAGUUAAUGGGUUUGAAUCUUUCCUUUGCCAAUGGAUUUCCAUCUAUCAGCAAUGCAGUCUUGUGUGCCAAAGCUUCAAUGCUAUUACAGAAUGUGCCUCCAGCCAUAUUACUCAGGUUCCUUCGGGAGCAUAGAUCAGAAUGGGCAGACAACAACAUGGAUGCUUAUUCGGCUGCUGCCGUUAAAGUCGGUCCUUGUGGUUUACCAGGAACUCGUGUUGGAAAUUAUGGGGGUCAAGUUAUUCUUCCUCUAGCCCACACCAUUGAGCAUGAGGAGUUUCUUGAAGUUAUUAAGUUGGAAGGAAUUGCUCAUUCUCCUGAAGAUGCAAUAAUGCCCAGAGAAGUAUUUCUUUUGCAACUGUGCAGCGGAAUGGAUGAAAAUGCUGUUGGAACCUGUGCAGAGCUUAUAUUUGCUCCAAUUGAUGCAUCCUUUGCUGAUGAUGCCCCCCUUCUGCCUUCUGGAUUUCGCAUCAUCCCUCUUGAUUCUGCAAAGGAAGCAUCCAAUCCAAAUCGCACACUUGACCUGGCAUCUGCUCUAGACAUUGGCCCAACUGGAAACAGAGCAUCAAAUGAUUAUUCUGGAAAUUCUGGAUCUAUGAGAUCUGUGAUGACAAUAGCGUUUGAAUUUGCCUUUGAAAGUCAUAUGCAAGAUCAUGUAGCAUCCAUGGCACGCCAGUCUGUUCGAAGCAUUAUAUCAUCUGUCCAAAGGGUAGCAUUAGCACUCUCUCCUUCUCAUUUAAGUUCACAAGCUGGGCUAAGAACACCACUGGGUACCCCUGAAGCGCAAACACUAGCUCGCUGGAUCUGCAAUAGUUAUAGAUGCUACUUGGGGGUCGAGCUACUUAAAUCCAAUAACGAAGGGAACGAAUCUUUGCUCAAGUCCUUGUGGCAUCACUCAGAUGCAAUAUUAUGCUGCACUCUAAAGGCAUUGCCUGUCUUCACUUUCGCCAACCAGGCAGGGCUUGACAUGCUGGAGACCACCUUAGUUGCUUUGCAAGAUAUAACAUUGGAGAAGAUAUUCGAUGAUCAUGGCCGAAAGAUUCUGUGCUCAGAGUUUCCCCAAAUUAUUCAACAGGGUUUUGCAUGCCUUCAAGGUGGUAUUUGUCUCUCAAGCAUGGGGCGACCCAUCUCAUAUGAAAGAGUAGUAGCUUGGAAGGUAUUGAAUGAAGAAGAGAAUGCUCAUUAUUUGCUUUAUGUUUAUGAACUGGUCUUUCGUUUGACCUAUGAUAUGAUAAUUAGAGAAUAGAAAUCAAAGUGUUACAUAUGCAACACUCUUCUAAGACAUGUUUUGUUUGCUAUUUUGCUGUAUUUGCUGCGAACUUGGAUUGAAUGUAAAGACUACGACUAAUGUGUUAGCACAUGUUUGCUUAUUUACUUAUCCAGCUCCGUUUUAUGUUA